AUGUUAGCUGCAUACACCUGCACUGUGACCGGUCCUGCUGUCAUUGACGUCCACAACAAAGCCGACUUCAUAGAAGAUCGCUGUUCCUACACUUUGCUGUCGGAUUCGUGGAUUUCAGUUGUUCAGAUUCUGGCCAGUUUCCGUGAGCGACGUCGUACAGAUGUGAGCUUUGUGGACAGUGUGACUCUGCGGUUGGAGAGUCUAAACGUUGACAUUCUCCUGAAACAAGACGGCAGAGUCCUGGUGGACAACGUAGCUCUGGUCCUCAACAGCUCGAUCCAGGAGGUCCAUGGUGUCCAGCUCUCUAAGGACCAAACUGGAGUCACGGCCAAAGUUACACUCUCUGGACGCUCUGCUGCUGUGUUCUUUGAUGGAGACACAGCACAGAUCCACAUGAAAGGACCUGCUGGAUCAUCUCUGGUUGGUCUGUGUGGAAACUCCAGCAGUUUUUCUAGUGCAAAGCUCUCUGAGGACAGCUCCUCCAGCUGUGAGAGCGUGUACACUGAACCUGCUGACGGUACGAUCGACUGCCCCAUGAUGACUGAACGCUGUAACCUCCUGAUGGAGGCGCCCUUCUCCUCCUGUAACACCAUCGUGGAUCCAGCUCCCUACAUAACUGCCUGCAAUGCAACUUUGUGCAAAUAUCCUGCAGUGGACGGUCUCGGGUGUCAGUUCCUGUGGGCCUACGCCAGAGCCUGCAGCCUGAGCAACGUCACCCUGGAGAGCUGGUGGUCUGAGGCUCAGUGCUCUCGUCCUGAGGCCGUUUGUCAGAACCAGGUCUGCAGUGAUCAUGAGUUUUGUGGCGAGUUUGGGGGUAACACUGGCUGCCUCUGUAGAGCUGUUUUUGCCUCCAGUUACAGAGAGUCUAACACUCUGGGAGAUCCAGUGGUCUGCACACAGAACUCUGCCUCAGUCAGUCUGGUGGGUUGUCUCCUGAGGGACAAAUACAUUGACUACUCUGUCUUACACCUCAAUGAUGAGACCUGCAGGGGUGAGAUGGACCAGGAGAGUGGCAUGGUGACUUUCAGCUUCAACAGCAGCAACACCUGUGGUGCAGUGAUCACGGCCAACGACAGCCAGGUGACCUACAAGAACGCCAUCGUGGCUCAGAACAGCUCUUCUGAAGGCAUCACUCGCCAAGAUCAGUUCUACAUCGACUUCUCCUGCAUCCAUGUUCAGCCAGAAAUGAAGACUGUGGCCUUCAGGAUCAAAGACAGCUCUGUGGUCCAGCACAUCACAUCUGGAGAGUGGAGUUAUAAUGUAACCAUGAAAUCCUACACCGACGCCGACCGCACACACGUUGUGGAUUCUAACACCGAUGUGAUGCUGAACCAGAAGAUCUGGGUGGAGCUGGAGACCGAAGGGUUGGAUGCAGACCUGAUCGCCGUGGUGACGGACUCCUGCUGGGCAACUGACCAGGAAUCGUCCAACAGCACUCCGAGAUACGACCUGAUCCAGAAUGGCUGUGCCAACGCUGCUGACCAGACAGUGAUGGUGGAGGGAAACGGGGAGGGAACCUCCAACUACUUCUCCUUCAGCAUGUUCCAGUUCAUUGGGAGCUCUGGUGACGUCUACCUGCACUGCAAACUGAAUCUGUGCAUCAAAGAGGAGAACAGCUGCGUCCCGGUGGUUGCCAUGGUGACAUGGACUGACUGA